AUGAAGAACUGCCUGGUGCCCGGGCUGGCCCUCUGCCUCCUGCUGGGACCUCUGGCAGGGGCCAAGCCGGUGCAGGAGGAAGGAGACCCCUACGCGGAGCUGCCGGCCAUGCCCUACUGGCCUUUCUCCACAUCUGACUUCUGGAACUACGUGCAGCACUUCCAGGCCCUGGGGGCCUACCCCCAGCUGGAGGACAUGGCCCGCACCUUCUUCGCCCACUUCCCGCUGGGGACCACCCUGGGCUUCCACGUCCCCUACAGGGAGGAGUGA